AUGACUAAAGAGACACUAACAACUCUUGAAAGGCAGAUAUACCUGUUUGAAGGCAGCUACCUAGAUGACACUGCUCCUUAUGGAAAUAUUAUUAAAGGUUGGGAUCGGUACCUAGCUGCCACUGGAGCCGUUAACUCUAGUUCAUGCGGGGCUGCUGGAUCUGUUGGCUCAGGGCGCUCCACAAAUGAUAAAAGGGUGAGGAAAUUUCGAGACUCUGAUAGACUCUUCUCUCGAUCCUCUGUAACUUCAAUGGCAAUUAUUUAUCCUGGCUCACUGAUAAAUUUUACAGCACUUCACACUUCAAACUCUCCAAACUUGGAUGAUCGUGAUUUCUUUCGGGGGUGUGGUGAUUUCAAUUAUUCCAAUUCUAUCCUUGCUGAUAACUCAAUUUUCAAUACCGACGAUCCCUUAUCAAGUGAUCUUGGGGCCUGUUGUCAUGAGAAUGAACAGCAUAUUCAGCCAAGUGUAUCCACUUACUCAGGAAAAAAGAAGCGUAGCAAGCAUCGCUGA